GGCGAUUGCUAAGCGCGAUGCGUUCAUCUCCCAAAUGCCGUCGCUGACGACAUUGUUGCCCCGGGCGCAUUGUCGCCGCCGAGCAUAAUACACUUGAAGGCUGUCGCAUACAGCCGUUGAGCCAUUACCGCGCCCGCGUCUUUCGACCAUGGUCAGUCCAGCCUUUACAGAUCUGCCGACGGAGAUUCUCGAAGCCAUCUUCUUACACCUCGAUGCGCCCUCGCUCAUCGCCGUCUCGCAAGCCAAUAGGCCGAUAAAGCAGCUCACAGCCGAUUCGCCCCUGAUAUGGCGCGAGCUCUGCCGCACGAGCUUCAGCACAUGGGAUUCACGCCACGACAUCGCCGCCAAAUUCGCCGGCCCUCUGUCGGACGUCAACUGGCGCGCCCUCUUCACGCAGAAGAGGCGCAUUGAGCACGAGACACGACGGCUGCUAGACCACAUCAUAGCAACGCAGCACGAACGCAUACGAUGCAUCAACGACAUUGCCGAGUUUGGGUACGAUGCGAAAGAAACGCUGCUGCGCGAGCGCGCAUGUCCUGACGACGCCGAGGACGUACUGGCGCGUCGAUACUAUGCCAAUGCUACAUUGGAGCGCAUACAUCGAGAGAUAGCGAUCAACGUUUGGAAGGAUCUGCAUGAGGGCAAGCCAGUGCCCAUGGACAGGGCGCUGGGCGCAUACGACAUAUUUUCGCGAAGUGGCGAGGACGUUGACUUUGAUCUUAUGACGGACGACCUGGACCGUCUUGUAGCUGGGUUGCACGGCGAACAUCCUGAGUUCAAACGUCUCAGUACGCGGGCAAGAGCAUCGACGCUUGCCACCUAUCUGCGCAAUCAAGGCUUCAAGGGCACACCGGACGCUUCAUAUCGCGCAUUGCGGAACUCUUUCUUCGGACUUGUCCUGCGGUCGCCUCGACACCAGUCGCUCCCUCUCAUAUCUGUAGCUAUAUUCUGUGCCCUCGCACAGAGAGUCGGUCUUGAUGCUCGCCCGUGCGGCUUCCUCUUCCACGUCUACUGCCUUGUCUACGCGCCCAAACAGCAGACGUUGGAUGGCGAAUACACUCCUAGUACCACUGGCCCGCUUGAAUCCAUGUAUCUCGAUCCAUUCCGCUCCUCCGACGAAGUACGCCAAGGUGAUCUUCUACGCGUGCUCCGUAACGCGGGAAUACCCUCCACAGAAUAUCAGACCUUCCUAUCGGACACAACAACGCGCGAAAUGGUAUUGCGCACAGCACGCAACAUCAUGAACUCUGUGCAAACCAUUCGGCAAGCCCAAGUUGGGCCCCACGGCAUUAGCACAGCUUGGCUAGAUGAGUAUCCAGACAUGGAUAAUGCCUUCUACAGCACCAUCUGGGCAAUGCUUAUGCUCGGUCCCAGCGACGGAGGCACCCCCGGCUCCACCCAGCAAGUGUCUUCACGGCGGCGGCAGUAUUUGCCCUACUUACUCGAGCACUUCCAGACCCACUUCUCGUGGGACGUGGCGCUGCUUGAACAGUACAUUAUACCAAUGUUUUACACACAGCCUGAGGGUCAACGACUGCUACAGUUUGUGCAGAGCAUGCAUCACAUCGACACAAUAAGGCGGCCGCUGAUACGAAGGACUGCGAGGGCGCGAGCAGUUUGGCACAGGGUCGGAACAGUAUUCAGGCACAGAAGGUAUGCCUACGAAGGCGUCAUCACAGGAUGGGAUACAAGCUGUGAUGCAGGUGAGGAGUGGAUACAGAACAUGGGUGUCGAUCGCUUGCCUGGAGGCAGGGAGCAGGCUUUCUAUCACGUGCUUGUUCACGACAAGUCUGUGCGUUACGUGGCUGCCGAGAAUAUUGAGCCUGUUGGGCGAGACACAUUACCUUCUGCCGCUAUCAUGAAGCUGGCUGGCCGCCACUUCAAGCGGUGGGAUGCUGCCAGUCAUACCUUCGUCAGUAACUUGAGGGACGAGUAUCCCGACGAUUGAAUUCAAUGCCCUUCGAAGCCGACACACAGAGCGCUUACAUAACCUUUUUCACAAGUUUGUUUUUUGCCUUGCAGGAUUGCAGCAUUAAAGGGACUUUAACGACAACGCAAUAUCUAGGUAACUGACUAUUAAAACUUGAAUUAGAAGCAUUUCAUAUGGCUAAUGAAAUCCACCAUCACCCUGGCCAAC